CUUGUUAGUUAUAAAUAAAAUUUUAAACUUCUUAUAGUUAAGUGCAUAUCCACGCAAAUUCCUUUGUGCGGAUUUAAUUUCCAAAUAGAAUUAUAAUUACUUAAAACAUUACCAAUGUCCCGAAAGUAUUAUACAAACUGCUAAUACUAAUGUCCUAAGGGAAAUGUUUGUAUUGAAAUCAUAACAAAAAGUUAAUCUUUUUAACGAAUAGUGGAACAAAAAGCAAUUAGUAAAUAUAUUUACCGAAUUUUUAUGAAUUCAACGAACUUCUCAUGUACUUUUUGGCGACGUCUUGUUUAAAAUAAUUCUUUAUUAUUAAAUCAUAUAUUAAAAAGAAAAUUUGUGGUUAGACUUUUUAAUAGCUCUUUUUUCUAUUUUGUACGACUUUCAUUUUGUAUUUAUUUCGAAAUGAAUAGAAUAAAGAAAGAUCAAGUCAGAUACCUUUGUGUAAUGCGCUCCAAAGAAUGUGGAGGUAGAACAAUUUGUUAUGGGUUAUAUAAAAAGUGGGUUCACGCAACCUGCCUUGAGAUGAGUAACGAACUUUUAAAUCAAUGGAAAACCCCAAAAAUGAGUUUUUUUUGCCAGACCUGUUGUCAUGUUAAAUAUGAAUUUGAUUUGAAGAAAAGUCUUACAAGGCACAGCUAUGUCACCCAAAUCACCUGUAACUGUUGAAAAACACAUUUUUUCGACAUAUGCAGAUGUUUGUGCUAAAGUUAAAGAGCAUGAAAUGUUGCACACAGUACAUUAUGUCAUUGCUCGCACAGGAAAGAUGGAAAAAAACUUUGAAGAACUGUUAAAGAAAGAUCACAAAGUUUUUUUUGAAGACAAAGACUUUUUCUCCACUGGUGUGCCAUUCAUUUUUUCAGGACAUACUUCUCUUGACUGUCAACAAGGAAUGGACAGAAACAUUAGAGCAAAAGCUCAGUACAGAAAAAAGAAAAAUGAUGAAGCAGUUACCGACCAUUGUUGCCAAAACAACAAAGUUAUUCUUCAGGAUACCAAAAAGUUUGAUUGUCCAGCAAUGGUUUAUAUAAAAGAAAUAGUCGAAUUUCCGGAGUUUGAGCUAAUAAGAGAUUCAUCAUGGUUAAGAAAAGAAACUUCAAAAAAACUUCGUCUAGCCAUGUUGGAGAAAAGAAAUUUAGUUAUGCGUAGAAAAUAUAUUUUAGUAUUGCCAGAUAUUUCUGCUCAUAAAAACCAUGCUACAGGAGAUGCAGCAGGUCUCUGUCAACCUAUUUCUGAGGAUCUGAUUAUAAAAAUUGGAGAAUUAGUAAAAAAGGGUGUCAACACUGUUCCGGAGAUGAGGCGGCAUCUUGAUUUUUUUGUUCAAGCUCAAUUUACUUUAAGUAAUGUUCCUCACAAAGAAAACAAGCGUUACUUUCCAUUGGAUAAGACCAUUCGAAACCAUAAAUGAUAAAUGCAAGAAGAAAUUUCGGAGGUCUUUG